GGUUUAUGAGAGAGUUUUUAGCAGUAAAAUGUGUAAAACUUACAGGGCCGAAAAUUCUUCACGGAACAAAUGAAUGAAAAUGGAGUACAGUGACUGCAGCGCCGUCGCGGUGGGUUUGUUUUGGUCUCAGGAUAUGAAUCGCUUUGAGUACAAAGAGGCGCGUUUGGGGCAGAGUGAGCAGUUCGUGGCCAAGGAGAGGAACAUCAAAUUGUACGAUGGCGAAGAGAAGACCAAUUUCGAGGAGGGCGAAGUGGUGUUGACGUCGCACAGGUUGUUUUGGGGUCGUCCUGGAGAAAUCGCCGCAGGGAUGCGAGUUCUCUGUCUUCAUCUCAAGUAUGUGGAGGCAUUGGAUGAAGAGACAGCCAGUUCAUUUCUCUUCGGCAAGAAGAAGCGCAUCAUUGUGCAGCUGAGGCCAGUGGAGACAGACAAGGCGCCAGGGCCGAUGGAAUACAGCACGGCUUCUCACGUGAAGUUGUCCGGAAAGAGUGGAAUUGAGGAGGCAUUCGUCCGAGCGCUGCAUGAGACUGUGGCAGUGCGUCUGUGGGAGGUGGAGGGAGGCAGCAGUGGUGAGAACUCUCCAGAGAAGCGGGCUGGAAUCAAACUGAGAACAGGAAUUGUGGGCAUCGAGCGCGGGAUCCAUGAGAAGCAGAAGCAGACGGACGAGAGCAUUGCCGUGGCGUUCCAGGAUCUGAAGAAGCUGAUGGGAAUGGCGAAGGAAAUGGUGACCGUGUCGAAAGCCAUUGCCACGAAGAUUAGGAAUCACGAUGGCGAUAUCAGUGAAGAUGAAACCAUUCGCUUCAAGUCAUAUCUCAUGAGUUUGGGCAUUGAUGAUCCGGUCACCCGAGGGAAUUUCUCCACCAACUCCGACUACUUCGGCAGCCUCUCGAAGCAGCUCACGGAAAUGCUUCUGGACACUCUCACAGAGGCUGGCGGGAUGAUGAGCCUCGCUGAUGUUUACUGUCGUGUCAACAGAGCACGAGGACUGGAACUUCUGUCUCCGGAAGACUUGCUUGGCGCUUGUCAGCUCAUGGAUGGACCUAUCAAGUUGAGACAGUUUCCCAGCGGAGCGAUGGUGCUCCAGCUGGACUCCCACAAUGAUGAGAUCGUCAUGGAGGAGACGGAGAGGGAAAUCAGGGAACAAGAGUGUCUCACGGUGGAGCAUUUUGCACGCAACAAGGGCAUCUCGGUGCUUCUGGCUCAGGAGCGCCUUUUCACGGCCGAACGAGCGGGAAGAAUCUGUCGAGAUGAGUCUCUCGAGGGCCUCAGAUUCUUCCCCAAUCUUUUCCUCGUGGAGAAGCUUUGAAUCAAGUGAUAAUGUGAGAAAAACGAGUAUGAGAAGUGUAAUAAAGGAAAUGUUCAAUUUAAUU